GAGCUACCCCGCUUCUACGUGAUAUUGUUCUGACCUUCGGCGGGCUUUACUGAAUUAUACCAGCCUACACCAACUUACCUACACCGUGGAUCAAGAGAGAUUAGUACCAAAAGCGGCAACUUUCUGUGCUUAGAUUCUAAUAGAUAUUCAGUAGUCGAUAUUAUUACUGCAUAGUUAUAUCCUUGUUUAUUUGAUUAGGUUUUGUGUCUGGUUCUGGUGUGGUGUGGCUAAGUCUCUCAUUAGCUGUCAGGACAAUGCUGCAGGACAGCCCGAUCUCGUUCACUACCUUUUAACAGCCAGCUCGCAAAACUACCGCCUCAGAGCAAUUUUUCUCUUUAAAUCCCCGAGGAGCUCGUCUGUGUGAUCCCCUUUCUUCACGACCAUGGAAUUGUUCUCGUCGAAGCACUAUCGUGUGAGCUUGAUUCCUUGGAGACGUCAGAGGGUGAAUAUCGUCCCCCCGGCUUAAAUUUAUUCAGCUCUUAUCCUAGCUUGCCAACCAAAGCUAUUGGGGGGCGACUCUUCUGGCAGACUUCACCAUGGAAGACUAUCCGAUGUCACCACUGCUGAUGGCGCCCUACAAAAACGACAUCGACGCUACUGGCCUGGGUAAAAUUAAUUCGUUUGCCAUUACCUGCGAGUUUCUCGAUUCUCUACGCACAUCAGCAAACGUGUCCGGUGGGGCGUUUGCUACUACUCCCAACUUACAGCAUCUUCAUAACUUCUCUAUUCCCGCAUUGCGAUUCGACCGUCCGAUGAACAAUACCUUACAGGCCUCUCCACUUAUGCAUCCUAGUCUGAUGGACAAUUCGUCCAAUAGUUGGGAUAAAGAACAAUGGCGCUUCCUUUGGUGGUUCGUCUGGAAAAUUGAUGGUUACUGUGAAAAGCUUCAAGAAUGCUUUGACCAAAACAUACCAUCUGAUUUAAAGGACUGGUUGGCAACACGCAAUAAUUCGACCGAAAUACGGAACGUCGGUCUACGGGGUCUUGGCGACAUAUUACAAGAUAUCAUUCCUUCCGAAUUUCACGAGAUACUCCCUAUUAUGAUUGUUCAACACGCGAUUUUCCAUUACACCUGCGAGACCAAUUCUUUCGAGAGCGUCGAAUCUGCGUUCACCGGCUGGAGAAAUAGGAUCCCUAUAAUACAGACUCACCAGUCAAGCCUUGAUCUGGUAUUCGAGCGGUUAAAGUCAGCAGAUCGAUCGUCUGGGAAUACUCAGCUCGCUCGACCCCACAUACAAACCCCCCUUUUCGAAACAGGUAGUAAAUUUACGAAUCUUGGUUUUACCUGUUAUCCGCAAUCUAUUACCGACAGCUCCUUAUAUCCACCUAGGAACCUGGUCCCCAGCCCCGAUACAAGCCCGUGGACCCUAUCUGGAGAUCAAAGUUUUGCUUCUGGUGCUGGUGAUAGCAGCCUGGGUGAUAGAUAUAUGGCGGGCUACCCCUUGGAUCCUGUGCCGAAGUUCAACUAUUAUGAACCGUCAAGGUCCGAAAAUAUCAUGCCUUAUACUCCGGCAACGAAUUUAAAUGGUCCAUUUUCUUCGAACGAGAUUGAGAAUUCUGCAUUUCAGAGCCAGACCCCUCGACGCGUCGGACAAGUAUAUGGGUUAUCCCCAUCGCCCAGCUAUCCUCAAUACGAAGCUGGGAUGAGCUCAAUGUCUCUCAGCCAUUCCACGCCAUUCACUAUUUUCAUGAAGUUUAUAGAUAACUUUACAAACCAGGGUGGCUUGCCUCACCUUUUCUCUCAGGGGUCGAUCCGUUGGACCAAACGACCAUUAACUUCGAACGCUCUGGUAUCCGAAAAGCAAUUCUUCAAGAACGCCGAUAGUUUAUUCUUUGAUCCAUUGAAGACUCUGGUCUCGCAUUCAUUACAGGACCCUAUAAUCCAAGCAAUAAUUUCGACCACGUCGUCGCUGAUAUUACUUGGCGGGUUGCAUUCAGUUCCAGACGUUGCGGAUUAUAUGAUCAGCCUAGGAACACAUUUAUUACCUAGCCCUGAUUUAUGUCGCGAGUUUGCUCGGAUGGUUUUGCAAACCUGUUCUGAGGCUGGUGCAACAAGUUCUCCUAAUAGGUCUACUCGAGGUCGAGGCCAGAGUCGGAGUCGGGAUCUCGAGAAGCGCAUCGAUGAGAUAGUAAAGAACUACAGCGGAGCGUAUCACCCGGCGCAUUUACUUCAGCCUCAUAGCACUCGUAGAAGUCAUCGAACGUUACAACCUCGACAACCUAUCGCUACCUCGCGAGCCAGCAGCAGCCAGCCCGCGCCAUCUAUCAUCGAUUCAUCAGCAAGUAAUAUACAUAGCUUCGUGGAUAACAGCAUCGAAAUAUCUAACGUGACCAGCAAUACCACGCCGUCUGUGACAAGUACCGCACAAUGUGAAGAGUGCGGUAAGACCUUCACCGGUAGACACGUCAGCUCACACUUGUCCCGCCAUAAGCGACAGCACCGAACCGGUCAUGUAACCAUAGAGUGCCCUUACUGUGGCAAGGCCUUUCAUCAUGUACGCACCGAUAACAUACGGACGCACUGCCGAAAUGUCCACAGGCGCGAGCUCCCUGAAAAUGGGAAAGAGUACUGGUCGCGGUUCACUGGUACGCAGCUCGGAGGUCAGAACAACUGACCUGUGGGCACUUCGAAGCCCAUGUCUAAGCGCUGACCCUCUCCUCCCCCUCUCCGUCGAUGGUCUGUCUUGUUCCGUUCUCUUAUCGAAUGCAAAUUUGCAAUAUCUCACGGUCUCACGGAUUUCACUACCUAUAAAUACCCUCGCGUACGAUUUAUGUUCAUUUUCUAUACGGUACUUUAUUGGAUAUCUGGGGUUGGAUCCGCCCCUUUUUAAUUUUUUGCUAGGCGUUUGAAUAGCAUAUCUUGAUUGAGACGCGGAUUAAGCUAUAAAAUCGGACAGGACAGGACACACAGUACUGGAUCUUAAAGAAGAGUCAGAAGGUCUCGGUAAAUAAGUGCUCGGAGUUGAUUACUGCAUAG